UGUGACUCUACAAACAUGUUGGAUGCAUUUGCUGUUUGUUUGGGUUGUGUUUCAGAUAAUUUUCUGCCCAAUAGAAAUGAUUGGUAAACAAUGUAUUGUGUAAUUUUGGAGUCACCUUUUAUUGUAAAUCAGAAUAGAAUAUGUUCUAAACACUUCAAUAUUCAUGUGGAUGCUACCAUGCUUACGGAUAAUCCUGAAUGAAUUGUGAGUAAUCCUGAAUGAAUUGUGAAUAACGAUGAGUUAGAGUUAGAUGCACAAAUAUCAUAACCUCCCCCCUAAAAUGUUCACCUCCCCUGUUAUUGUAAUGGUGAGAGGUUAGCAUUUCUUGGGGUUAUGAUAUGUGUGCACUUGUAACUUUCCCACUCAUCAUUAUUCACAAUUAAUUCAGGACUAUCUGUAAUCAUGGUAGGAUCCACAUUAAAUGUAGAAGCGUUUAGAAACAUUCUAUUGUUAUUUACAAUAAAAGUGACUCCAAAAUGACGCAAUACAUUAUUUACCAUUAAUUUGUACUGGGCACAAUAUAAUCUGAAACACAACCAAAACAAACAGCAAAUGCAAGCAGCAAAGAAACCCUACCCUCUCUAGGCACUUGUGGAGAGCUGAAACAACUUAAUAGGUGUAAGGCUGUAAGCAAUAGGGUGAAUGCAUUUUGAAGUAAAUCUCAGCUCUGUUAAAGUACACUCAAGGAAAACAUGAACAGAUCUCAGUGAUUCAGCAGUAUCAUUAAAUCGGGUUAACAUGCCCCACCAACAUUAGACAAUUAUACUGAAAGGCCUUAUAUUGCUGAAAUAAAUACAUCUAAUCAAUGAUGAGAAUACUCUGAUCAACCGAUAUGUAGCAGGAAGAUUGGCGUACCGUGAAUCAAGAGGUUGUGAUUUGAAAUUCAAGGUGAGGACUGUUGAAUUAUUAUUCAUGUAUUUUGACAUUUUUUAAUUUCACCUUUAUUUAACCAGGUAGUCCAGUUGAGAACAAGUUCUCAUUCACAACUGACCUGGCCAAGAUAAAGCAAAGCAGUGCGACAAAAAACAGCAAAGUUACACAAAAACAAUCGUACAGUCAAUAACACAAUAGAAAAAUCUGUAUACAGUGUUUGCAAAUGAAGUAAGGAGGUAAAGGCAAUAAAUAGGCCAAUAGUGGCGAAGUAAUUACAAUUGAGCAAUUUACACUGGAGUGAUAUGUGCAGAUGAGGAUGUGCAAGUAGAAACCUUUGUCUGUGACACCUGCCGUUUGGUGCUACGCUGACACUGCAUGUCCUUUUUGAGUUUUGCGUCUUUACCUAACAGUCAUGUUAGAAUAUGUCAGUUAUCCCGUGAGAGCUUUUGAGCCGAACCCACUAAAGUGUUUCAGAUGCCAAGCUUACGGUCAUGUUGCAGCAGCAGUGUGUAGGAGGGCAUUGGCCCGAAGGAAUGUUAGUAUCAAUUGUGGGAGUUCCCAUGUUGCUGGGGAUCAGAAGUGCCUUAGUGCGAGAGAGACUGGUUGAGGUUGCCAGAGUCAGAGUAGAACAGAAGGUGUCGUAUGCUGAGGCAGUGAAGAGCGUAGAGGAUGAUGGGUCAAGGGUGAGUAGUAGGCCUUGGCCAAUACAGUGAUACGAAUGUGUGCUUCAGUAAGGUUGGCUUCUUAGUAUUCAUAGCCAUGGUUAUCAACUGUACUACAGAAAUGGAACCUAAAUCACAUAAAAUAGAUGUUGUGGUGGCAGCUGCAAAGAAGUACUUGGGUGUACAAGGUUUUACUGCAGGAGAGUUACAAGGAUGAAAUAGUAGGCCUGGUGUAGGAUCAGUUAGGGUCAACGUAGUGGACUGGGGUGGUGGUGUUUAUUUGAAUGAAUUAGUGUUAUAUAGGUGAAGGGCUAGUUUGGUGGUACAAUGGUUUUCCUUUCCCUCAAACCUUUUUGCAUCACUCAAUUUAACGUGAACUCCCGCACAGUAGGUGGCGGCAUGCACAAACAACGUGCGAACACCAUGAUCCCGAAGAAACAGAAGUAGUGUAGUGAACAACUACAAUUUCCACGUUAGCGUUUUUGUUGUUAUUUAGACGUUUAUUAACACAUUGGAACUCAAAAUACGAGCAUUAUAAAUGUACCGCAGGUAGUCUUUACUUCGCGUUGGAAGUAAAGACUCGGUAACGCUAGCUAGCUGCUAACCUAACGAUGGCUAACUGUAUGGUUUUUCACACACAAAUAGCCUCCAUUAUGGAGGUGCUAGCGAAUGCAGCCGUGUCAGAGAUCUGUAAACUCGUAGACGACGACUAUGCAGUGUUUCGUUUAGAAGUUACUCAAAGCCAGAAAGAAAACAGGGGAUUGCGGAGGAAACUACAGCUACUUGAACUGAAGGUGGCACGGGAGCGCGCAGAGAGGACCAUACGAGAGCGCGUCCUCACCAGUCGUCCCAGUAGUGUCAAGAUCCUCGACCGAUACAGCGGAAUGGCAAGAGUCUCAGGUGAAGGACAUCUCACUGGAGGCGACAGGAGCUUUGUGAAGCCAGCGGGACAUAACGUGUGGAGAGAUGACCAAAACAUAGCAAUUGAGGAUGCAGAUGCAGAGGCCGCAGGUCCUGAAGGAUUGUCUCUGGUCAAGCAGGAGAGGACUGAAGGAGAGGAGGACCGACGGCACAGCAGAGACAUUCAGACUGGAGCAGCGGCUGGAGUGGCGCCACCUGUAGCCACAGAGGACCUUGCGACUGCUGCCGCGACCCAACGCAGAAUCACGGAGGUCAGUGGAAUGCCGAACGCCGUCCUCAAGUCAGAGACAGACAACGAGACUUUAACUGUAACACAAAGGAUCUUACACACAGGAUCUGACCACAGGUCAGACCCAGAGAGACUGGGGCAGGGGCCACUAUGCUGUCCUGCUCCUGGCUCAGAGUAUUUACUUUACGGUAACCCAAGCCCGAGGACGGUUCAUUCCCAUCUGGACUUGCGUGAUGCGUCAGAGACUGUCAAUGAUCCGUCUUGUUCUUACAAUACAGAGUUGGGCCCUGGCAACAUGCCCUUGGGAUUAGAGACACAGACUGAUCUGUCUAGAGCGGAAUGGAACCGGUACAGUAGUAGUGUAUACUCUGAAGGGAGCCAAGAUCAGAAAGGGGAGGCUAUAGUGGUAGAUGAGGUGAAAGUGGAGGGCGACGCUCCUCCCACAUGGAGUGCAGAUAGUCUCCUGGGAGAUGGACACUCACAGGGCAGAGUUUUCUUAGAUUACAGGGGAAGCUUAGAGACAAAUCGAAAUGGUGCCACCCACUCCCCUUUACACACAUUCAGGGAUUGCGACCCAGUGUCCACGUCGAUGACACCUUCUGAUUCACAAGGCUGCGUUCUUUUCGAUCAGGUAUUGAACUCAAAUGACCAAAGGGCCAAGGCUCGGGGAGGGGGAGCAACAUCAGGCAAUAGUAAAGAGAAACGGUUCCUCUGCAUGUUCUGUAACAAAGGCUUCAGCUGCCCCCAGAAAGUGGAGAUCCACCAGAGAGUCCACACAGGUGUGAAACCCUUCAGCUGUACCCAGUGUCACAUGAGCUUCGCCCAGGCUGGUGACCUGAAGAGGCACCAGAGGGUCCACACAGGGGAGAAACCCUUCAGCUGCCCCCAGUGUGAGAAGAGGUUCUCCCAGGCUGGUGACCUGAAGAGGCACCAGAGGGUCCACACAGGGGAGAAGCCCUACAGUUGUACCCAGUGUCACAUGCGCUUCGCCCUGGCUGGCAACCUGAAGAUGCACCUGAAGGUCCACACGGGAGAGAGGCCAUUCGCCUGUAGGCAUUGCGGGAAGAGGUUCUCAGAGAGGAGCUACCUUAGGAUACACCAGCAGAAAAACCAUUCCACUCUGUAAAAUAGAAAAUAAUUUCACUUGAUAGCUUCUGACAUUUACAUCAAAUGCUGCAUUAACCCCCCCAGCGUGAGUUUUUUUGGUUAUGCGCGUGAUAUCAGAAUGCAUUCACUAGCUAGGUUUCCAUCCCAAUUGGCAACAGAUUUUCAUGCGAAUAUUCUCAAAUCUGCAUAAAAACAAUGUGCACAUUUUCCCACCAGAAAUGUUUCCAUCAAAUCAGUGCGUGAUGACGUAGUGCACCCAAAAUGUACUUUUUCAAUUCAAGAUUUCAUGUACGAAAUAUAAGUUCAAUGUGUUUCCAUCGUAUUUUCAACUCUACUGAUAGUUUUGUCAUUAACAGCAAAUGUGUCUAAUCUGGUCUUGGCACCUGCGCUCUAGCCAACAGCUCGCAGAUACAAUACGGGUAGGCUGUGGCUUGUCUAGUCUACAUGAGAUUAUUAUGGAUAACAGCGAAUAUAUUUGUCAAAAGGCAGUCAAUUAUCGAUCAUCAUGUUGCAGCAUCAAGCUCAUCACCAUGCACUUUCACAACAUAUUUCCUCUGAAGCCUAAUAAACUGCAUGGUUUCUCAAGUCAUAGUGGGAGGACCACACACCAUAUCAUCGCGUGACUCCAAAUUUACUUAGAUAUGCUGGUUGUUAUAUAAUUAUUUGCACAUAAAGGCGUUUUCACCGGCAUUUCCCGUGUUAUUAAUUUUACCGACACAAAGAUCCCUCCAUGUCGAAGGAACAAAUGAUCUGUUGCCUUUAAAAAAAUAAUAUUACACUGAAACUUCCGUGUUUCCAUCACAGCUGUCGUGAUUGUUCUUUAUACAAAAAAAUGACACAUUUUUGGAUGGAAACGUAAUUGGUGUUCCGAAAUGUGAUUGUUAUGCAACAGGACAGUUAACCCACGCUGCCUGCUAAUUAUCUAUAGGCUUUGUUUCAACUGGUCAAUUUCAAAUGAUUUUCAAACAGUUUGAAUUGAUGUGUGUUCCAAAUCCUUAUUAAUUCACAUAAAGUAUCCCAUUUCACUGUGUUGGAGAAUUUACGUUUGAGGCACUACGAUGAACCGGACAAAUUUCUCUCUUUGAUGAGAGCCCAAGCACUUUCCCAGUGUUUCCCCCGGUCACGUAUGCAGACAUUUGAGCAUCUCCGGUCAGAAAAGAAAUGCUAACUUUUUCCUCCUGACGCCUGAAUUACCUUCAUUGUUGUUUUCCUUACAAAUAAUAACUUUGGACAUGUGUCCGUUUCUAUCAAAGUAAGUGACUUAUUACAUUAUAGUUUGUGUAUCGUGUUUUUCGUUUCUACUGUAGCACACCGUGUAUAUAUAUGUAUGGAGCAUAAUGUAUUCUGUGUGCAUUCCUUUAUAACCGUGGACACGUAAGGAACUUCAUUUCUUAACCUUUAUGGUGUUCUACUCAAUUGUGCUUAUGUUACUAGCUACAUUCUUCUAUUAGCUUUGUAAAACAAUGCUGCACUCCACAAGGAGAAGUAGUCGCUUCUGUUGUAUCUUUUGAAGCUGCCCUGGCCUCAUGUCCUGUGUAUUUUAGCUCUGCUGGGCCCUGCCUCCUUGUGGAGCUCAACAGUUACUGUUAUUCAUAUUUGUGAUUUUGUCAAUGCAAUUUAUUACUUUUAUAGGAGGGUUAUGUUACUACUUUAAUUGUUUUAUUGCUAUAUCCUGAUGCUGUAUUGUAAUUUAGUAAUAAUUCCUCUUUAUUCUGUGCCACACACAAACAUUAUUUGCCGCUGACGAUUGAGGCCAGCUUUUGUAUGCUAGCAACAUAGUUUAAACAGACACUUCUUUACAGUUUUGCUUGGGGAAAAAACAGUAAGAAAAGACUGACAACUUAUUAAUAUACAUAACCCAUAUUUCAA